AUGACUUGGUAUAAAAGUUUACCCGACGAUUCCAUCACUUCCUGGAAGGUGCUCGGAAAACUUUUCUCCAGGCACUUCACAGCCUCCCAGAGACACCCCAAAUCUGAAGCCUCGUUGAAAGCUAUCAUCCAAGGAAAAGACGAGUCUCUACGGGCUUAUAUUGAAAGAUUCAACAAAGAAGCCGUGCAAGUGUCCACGACAGCCCAUAGGAAGAAAUUCCUACUCGAGCGAGGUCUCCGACCAUGCUCAGACUUCGCCAAGGCCGUCGGGAUCGAAACACCCGCUACUCUGGACGAAUUCUUUCGUAAAGCCCAAGCAUACAUACAGUAUGAGGAGAAAGAAGCCGCCCACGCUGUCCGUAACUCCAGGCAAGAAGAGAGCAGUAAAAAUGCCCGCCCAAGAUGA